AUGACGAUUAAUUUUGAAGGUCUGCUGUCAGAAGAACACAAAGGAAGGACAGAAAGCAAUCAAGAGAAAUGGCGCCCCGAGGUCCCGCUUCUGCGCCCCUCCCGGCCCCAGCGCAACGCAGGGUCCACCUCACUUCACAAAGUCAGCGCGGUAGAAACCCGCCGCCCGCGAGGAGCCCUUUCCUACUGUCUCCAAAGGGUCCCCGACACCGCCCUGACCGACCCUGGAUACCUGGGUGUCUCUGCUGGGCACAAACCUUUCUGGCGCUCCUUCCACCCUCCCACCUCUCCGCGGCCCGCCCUUCCCGUUCUCCAACCACCCUCUCCGCCCCGCGCCGCCCCUCUCUCGCCCGCGGCCCCGCCCGCCUCACCCCGGUGGUGGAAAGCUGCGCCGGGGAAACGCCACGCGUCGGGUCCUCGCUCGCGCGGCUCCGGGCAGCGUUCCGUGGCCACGGCGCUCCCCUUGGCAGCAGAAACGGGAGAGAGGAGAGCGACCGAGGAGGGGACAGGGACGCCCCGACGCCGCCACGCCCCCCCGCCCCCCACGGGGGCCGCCGUAGCCCUCAAGAAGCUCCUCAGGGAAGCGAAGCGCCACUCCUGCUGCAGGCGCCGAGGCGCCGCCGAGAUGGAAGGAACUCUAGCCAUGCGCCCCCUACAUCCGGGCUGCGGCGCCCCGGCCUCGGCCCGUCCUCUUAGAAAUCCCGCCCUGGCCUCCCCGCGGGGCCAGACGCAACGAAACUUUCAGGGGGGUCGAAGACCUCGCAGCAGUGAGUUCCCAACCCCAAAUGCACCAAGCAGCAGUAUGUCGCGUUCAUACAAUUGCCUGAAAUAAAGAAUGAGUCUGCCCUGAAAUCGACCGUGAGCCACCGCUCUCUGACCUCUGCUGGCUGCUUCACCCGGAGUCGGAGUCCGACUCCUUUUGGACUUCACUGUCAAGCAACUCAUCACCACGUCUUUUGCAGCGAAGGUUUGGAAUCCCAUCACGGGUGUGCCGUGGUUAGUCCUGAAAUCGUGGUGGUGCUAGAAGAACCUGCCAACCAAUACGUUAAGUUUUCACGAAUAGAAUCUUGAGCAGUGGCCGGGCGCUGUGGCUCACGCAAUUCCAGCACUCACUUGGGAGGCCGA